AUGAAGUACACAAACGCUCUUGUCUUUGCCACUCUUGCUUCGGCAGGCAUGAUGCAUCGUCGCCGUGCAACCGAGGAAGCAUCCGCAAGCGACGUGCAGGUCGUGCACGAAAGCGGCACCGUUCUCGAGCAACAUCCAUCUGGAGGCGAAAUAUCCAUCGGGGGAGCACCCUCAGGCGAAAACACCAUGUCCACGACUCUUGAGCAGCAGCUGCCGAAAGGCAAAGUGUCGACCGAGACGGCACCUCAAGGCGGCGAGGACGACAUGCCGAUCGUGGACGAGAAUGAGGAUGGAACCGAAUAUAAAGCGCGAAAAUCUGUCGAAUCCGAAAUUGCGACUAUCAAAAAGGCAAUCAAAAACUUUAAUUGGAACAUCAGGCAGCCCAAUCUCUCCAUGGACAGUAUUAUGACAACAACCAGCAAAGUUGAAUCGCGUCUGAAAGCCGGGGCCGAGGGUCUGAAGGAAACUGUCGACGAUGAGGCUGGGCAUAAAACGAAGCCUCUUUUGGCCUCUCUCGGCACUGCGUACCACUCGCUUGCAUUCAACAUGAAUAGAUAUGUCAAGCCCAUGAAGCCGAUGGUCGAAAAGUACGGUAAUUGUUCCAACAUGCAGCGUCUUCUUCAAGCCAUCCGAGACCAAUUCCACACGCUCAGCGGGUACACGAUAGCGGCUUCGGACGAUGAAAAGCAGAAAGAUACCAAGUGGCAUAUGCGCUUUAUUUAUCACCGCCUAAACGAAGCUAUGGCCGAGUUUGCCGAGGGCAGCUGCGUAGACGCAACGACGCCUUUAACAUAA